AUGAAGGAUGCAAAGCAGCAGGCGUGGUUAAAGCUCCGCAUCCCGCAUCUCCGCAUCAGUAUGCCCGUUUGUGGGCCGUCGGGGAGGCUCUUAAAAUUACGUCUUUUGGACACAAGCCCCUUUUCCAGUUCAAAGGAAGUCUACCCAAAUUACCCAUUUGACAAUGGAAACAAUGCCAACUCCAUUGAAUUGGAGAGAUAUGCAAGCCAGCACUGCCACAGCAGAUCUACAUCUGAUAUUGAAAACAGAGAAAAGCUGCAAGCAAGAAGGAAACUCUACGUUGCUGCUAUUAUUUGCCUGAUAUUUAUGGUUGGAGAAGUUGUAGGUGGCUACUUUGCUCACAGUUUGGCCAUCAUGACAGAUGCAGCACAUUUACUGACAGAUUUUGGCAGCAUGAUGGUUAGCCUCUUCUCCCUUUGGAUUUCCACACGUCCUGCCACAAAAACAAUGAACUUUGGUUGGCAUAGGUCAGAGAUUCUGGGGGCUCUUCUUUCUGUACUGUCAAUCUGGGCAGUAACAGCGGUGUUGGUUUACCUUGCUAUCCAGCGACUGAUCAGCAAAGAUUUUGAGAUUGAAAGCCAUGUUAUGCUUAUAACAUCUGGGUGUGCAGUCGGAGUCAAUAUCAUAAUGGCUGUCAUACUCCAUCAAUCAAACCCUUCCCAUAGCCAUGGUCAUGCAUUUGGCUACGAGGAGUUAGAAAACAGCACAGCUGAUGAAAACUCUUCCCAACAAAACCAUCUGGGCAACACUAGCGUGAGAGCAGCCUUCGUACAUGUCAUUGGAGAUUUGUUCCAGAGCAUCGGAGUGUUUGUGGCAGCAACAGUCAUCUUCUUUAAGCCUGCUUAUAAAAUCGCCGAUCCUAUCUCUACAUUCUUUUUCUCCAUUUUUGUCCUGGGUUCCACUAUUACUAUUUUAAAGGAUGUCUUCCGUGUACUCAUGGAAGGUACCCCAAAAGGAAUGGACUUCAAUUCAGUGAAGGAAAUUCUUCUUUCCAUUAAAGGAGUGAAAGCCAUGCAUAGUCUCCAGCUCUGGGCCCUGACAUUAAACCAGCCUGUGCUUUCUGUUCACAUUGCCAUAGAGGAGAAUGCAGAUGCUCAAACUGUGUUGAAGGAAACCACAGAAAUCCUUCGAAGCAAGUUUACCUUCCACACCACGACAAUUCAAGUGGAAAAAUUCUCAGAGGACAUGUUAGACUGCAGGCUGUGCCAAGAUCCAAAAGACUAA